UAAUGGGCCUUUCAUAUGUAAAUUAGGAAACCAACUUACGUGGUCUACUCUCGACGACGACGGAUAGUGUUGUCUUCUCCGACGCUUGGUUGAUCCUCACUCAGCAAGUGGAAAUUGGAGUCUGAUUCCGAAGUUGUUCCAUCAGAGCUUCUAGUUUCGUCUUUCAGUAAGUUCAGUUUCAGGCUGUGAAGAAAAAAAUGUUUAUCAAAGUCAAAUUGCCAUGGGACGUUUUGAUUCCAGCUGAAGAUAUGGACACUGGCCUCAUGCUCCAGAGAGCUAUUGUAGUUCGUCUACUCGAUGCGUUUGCUAGCAAGAAGGCAACGAAAGAUCUUGGAUACUUCAUAACACCCACAAUUCUUGAAACAGUCGGCGAGGGCAAGAUCAAGGAACAGACUGGUGAAGCUGUGUUUCCCGUGGUUUUCAAUGGAAUCUGCUUUAAGAUGUUUAAAGGAGAAGUUCUUCAUGGUGUGGUGCACAAGGUGCACAAGCUCGGUGUCUUUUUGAGAUCUGGUCCUUAUGAAACCAUUUACCUAUCUCACUUGAAAAUGUCUGGUUAUGAGUUCAUUCCAGGAGAGAACUCUAUGUUCAUGGAUGAGAACAUGUCCAGGAUUGAGAUCGGUGCCACAGUUCGUUUUGUCGUGUUGGAUACUGAGUGGAGAGAGGCAGAGAGAGACUUCAUAGCUUUGGCUAGCAUCGAUGAAGACAAUCUUGGCCCGUUCUAAAGAUUGUAAUCUGAGUUUUCACUCUAUAAAUAAAUAUGCUAUUGUAAAAACGCUUUUCUAUGUAAUUGAUCAAAUCUUUAUUUCAAAUCUA